CAUCGAGAGCAGCUUCCGGCGUCGCUGGUGUAGGUGGGUGAAGAAGGAGCGGGCCCUCACCGCCCUGUCUUAGUUCCUCGCGCUCUCUUGGGCAACAUGGCGGGUGUGGAGGAGGCAGCGUCCUGCGGGAGCCACCUGAAUGGCGACUUGGAUCCAGACGACAGGGAGGAGGGAGCUGCCUUUACGGCUGAGGAGGCGGCCAAGAAAAAAAGACGGAAGAAGAAGAAGAGUAAAGGAGCUGCCACAGCAGAGCAACAGGAACCUGAUAAAGAAUCAGGAGCCUCGGUUGAUGAGGUAGCAAGACAGUUGGAAAGACAAGCAUUGGAAGAGAAAGAAAGAGUUGAUGACGAUGAAGAUGGAGAUGGUGAUGGAGAUGCAGCAACUGGAAAGAAGAAGAAAAAGAAGAAGAAGAAGAGAGGACCAAAAGUUCAAACAGACCCUCCCUCAGUUCCAAUAUGUGACCUGUAUCCUAAUGGUGUAUUUCCCAAAGGACAAGAAUGCGAGUACCCACCCACACAAGAUGGGCGAACAGCUGCUUGGAGAACUACAAGUGAAGAAAAGAAAGCAUUAGAUCAAGCUAGUGAAGAGAUUUGGAACGAUUUUCGAGAAGCUGCAGAAGCACAUCGACAAGUUAGAAAAUAUGUCAUGAGCUGGAUCAAGCCUGGGAUGACAAUGAUAGAAAUCUGUGAAAAGUUGGAAGACUGUUCACGGAAGUUAAUAAAAGAGAAUGGAUUAAAUGCAGGCCUGGCAUUUCCUACUGGGUGUUCUCUGAAUAACUGUGCUGCCCAUUAUACUCCCAAUGCUGGUGACACAACAGUAUUACAGUAUGAUGACAUCUGUAAGAUAGACUUUGGAACACAUAUAAGUGGUAGGAUUAUUGACUGCGCUUUUACUGUCACUUUUAAUCCCAAAUAUGAUACAUUAUUAAAAGCUGUAAAAGAUGCCACUAACACUGGAAUAAAGUGUGCUGGAAUCGAUGUCCGUCUAUGUGAUGUUGGUGAGGCCAUCCAAGAAGUUAUGGAAUCCUACGAAGUUGAAAUAGAUGGGAAGACAUAUCAAGUGAAACCAAUCCGUAAUCUAAAUGGCCAUUCAAUUGGACCAUAUAGAAUACAUGCUGGGAAAACCGUGCCCAUUGUGAAAGGAGGAGAGGCAACAAGAAUGGAGGAAGGAGAAGUAUAUGCCAUUGAAACCUUUGGUAGCACAGGAAAAGGCGUGGUUCAUGAUGAUAUGGAAUGUUCACAUUACAUGAAAAAUUUUGAUGUUGGACACGUGCCAAUAAGGCUUCCAAGAACAAAACACUUGUUAAAUGUCAUCAAUGAAAACUUUGGCACCCUUGCCUUCUGCCGCAGAUGGCUGGAUCGUUUGGGAGAAAGUAAAUACUUGAUGGCUCUGAAGAAUCUGUGUGACUUGGGUAUUGUAGAUCCAUAUCCACCAUUAUGUGACAUUAAAGGAUCAUAUACAGCGCAGUUUGAACAUACCAUACUUUUGCGUCCAACAUGUAAAGAAGUUGUCAGCAGAGGAGAUGACUAUUAAACUUAGUCCAGAGCCACCGCAACACCUUUUAUUUUCUAAGCUUUGUUGGAAUACAUUAUACCAGAAUUAAUUUGCAACCUGUUGUCUUUAACAGUGGACCUAUGUAAUACUUUUAUCCAUGUUUAAAAAGGAAGGAAUUUGAUCAAAGGCAAACCAUUUAAUGUAAUUAACCAAGGAAAAAGCUUUCAGGACUUUGAACUGUUAACUGUUUUCCUUCUGUCUAGGAAAUGCUAUAAAGCUCCAAUUAAUUAGGAAUGACCUAAUACAUUUUGUUUCAAACACCUAAGAGAUGCUUUUCAGAUAUUUAUAUUGCCAUAUUCUUAAUUGAAUGCUUUGAAUGACUACAUCCAGUUCUGCACCUAUACCCUCUGGUAUUGCUUUUUAACCUUCCUGGAAUCCAUUUUCUAAAAAAUAAAGACAUUUUCAGAUCUGAGAGCUAUAUUUCAAUGUCUGUGGUUAUAAUUCUGUACAGGAAAUAGUUUAGCUUAAUGUAGGAAAAUGUAGAGCCUUUUAUCUGGAUUGUAGACCUCCACACUGAAACUUUUCUUCUGACGUAGUGGCUAAAACAAGAUCUAUACAUGCAUAAAGUGGGAGGAGAAUCUUCAUAAAUUAAUAUACAGCUUUAGGCAUAUUUUACCUUUAUUUUCUUUUUAGGACCAUAUUAGUCCUCGUCUCAUUUUUCUCCUGACAUUGGAAAGAUCUAAUUAAAACAUAUUAGUAGGAACAUUGUACCAACUUAAAACCUUGAUUUACUAAAAUCUCAACCUUUAGAUCCUUUGUCCAGUGGUAGUUAUUUAUUGAGAAAUGUAUUCAGCUUAGUAAGUGAAAAGGGCGCUUAAAACCACACAAAUAAAAACAGGAGAACUUCCCAUGUUUGGAUCUUGUUCUAGUUAAUUUUUAGGCUUUUUCAUUAGUGAACCAAAUUCUCUUAACACCCUGUCCCUGUACUGGCUUGAAUUCAUAACAACAUGGGCGGUAUUUCAGGAAGUGAGGUUACAAUGAUGCUCAUAGCAGCUAAGUGCAGAAGUUAAAUGUGAGAUGCCUAAUACUUGUUUGAACUGAGCCCCACAGUUCUUGAGCAGAUUGCUUGAAUUUCGUGUAAAUGAUUCGUUGGGAAUGUUCCCACGUAAUUUCAAAAUUGUUAUGUACCAGGGUAAAGCCUUAAUUUGUAUAUGCUUUAGCACAAUAAGAUUGCCUCUGGGAUGCUGUUUAGUUUGUAUUUUGUUUAACAUUUUUCUCCUAAGAAACCUGACUUGUGUACUAAAUCAUUUAUUAUACAUUAAAAAGUUGCUCUUUCAUAUUAGAGCUAUAAAUGUUAUCUUGUGGGAUAAACAGUGUAGUUUUUAGCUAUAUGAGCCAUGUUUAUUAUGGUGCUAAUGUUCAGUAGCUACCUUUGAAUAAUCUCUCCAUUUCCUCUGAUGAUGUGCAAGUAGCAGAGCUCACCAGUUCACGCCUGGACAUGUUACAGGGCUUGCGCCCUCCAGCUAGCUCUUUUGGGGCUUUGAGUCCAUACCUUUCUGAUGUGCUUUGGUGGGAGGUAUAAAGUAUCUUGAUUUCUAAACCCAAGAACUUUCGAAUUGAGUCAAGAAUUUGUAGCUUUGUAAAACCUCUUCAGCAGUAGUGAUCUCAAACCAAUUAUAAGCUUGAAGCUCCCUUCCCAAGUUGGGAGCAGUGGCAUCACUGCAUGCCCCGGAAUGGCAAGGGAUAUGAUCUUGUAAAUAGGAAAGCUGUUACUUAAAAAUUGUAUUGUUCACCUACUAGCCAUGUAUCUCUUGAAAUCAUUUUGUCAUGUUUACAAUGAUGUACCUUAUUGGUAACAAAUUAUUAGCUUGAUGUUUAACAAUAGUGCCUUUAGUAAAUUAUUUUACAACCAAAA